AUGACACUUGACCUUUCAUGCAAUGACAUUGGAGCAUUAGGAGCACAAUAUCUCGCAAAUUUAUUACGAAACAAUGAGACACUGACCGCUCUCAAAAUCGGAGACAAUCAAAUUGGAGACCUUGGAGCACAAUAUAUAUCUGACGCAUUACAUAACAACAAGAUAUUAACUACACUCAACUUAUUUAAUAAUCAAAUCGGAAUAUCAGGAGCACAAUAUCUCGCUGUUGCAUUAAAAAAUAACAAGAUAUUGACUACACUUGAACUUGAAGAAAAUUGA